AUGCAGAUCGCAAUUAUCACUUCCUUCCCUAAUCAACUUCCCCAGGAACUGAUAAGGGUCAAGUUCGAAUUGAAAAAUUCCAGUCGUUGUGAAAAGAUGCAAUUGUUCGGUGGUUUCUUCUUCCUCCUCGCUUUUUUCGAGGUAACCUCGACCGUAAAAUCCCCCAAUCGCGACUGUCCCCCCAUCAAAGUCCCCAACGGACGCGUCCGCUACCGCCAACGUGGUAAAAUCGCGCGCGUUUUAUGCAACACUGGGUAUACACUAGCCGGUGAUCGAUACACUGUGUGUGUCCAAGGUGUCUGGGACAACACAUAUCCAAAAUGCGUCAGGGCCACGUGUCGUGCUGCAAAACCCCCAGCCAACGGGCUCAUCUACCCGUCCCACGGAGGCGCAGUUUUGAAUUUCUUCUGCAAGAGUCACUUCCAACUACGGGGUUCGAGUAUUGCGUAUUGUGACGGUUUCAAGUGGGACAACCCGUUACCGGCCUGUUUACCGACCAAUUCAAGCCCCGCCCUUUCGUGUGACUUCGAAUCGGGCGAUUUGUGUGGGUGGAACCACGACUUGAAUCACGAUUUUGAUUGGAUGAGGCUUAACUACGCCACGCCCAGCGGCUCGAUUGGCACUGGGCCGUCCCACGACCACACGAAAGGUGCCGGUAAGGACGGUUUCUACAUGUACAUCGAGUCAUCAGCGCGGAAUAUCAACGAUACGGCUCGACUCAUUUCGCCAGUUUUCGACAAAACCGACGAAAAUGUUUGUUUCGAAUUCUACUACCACAUGUAUGGAGUUACGACCGGUAGUCUCCGCAUUUAUGUGAAAAAAGUGAACGAAACGUGGCAACUUGAUCCCAAAAAAUCACUUUGGGAGAAAACCGGAAAUCAGGGAAACCGGUGGUUUCGCGGUUUUGUCACAAUCGGCGCAAUUAGUGACGAUUAUCAAAUCGUGAUAGAGGGCGUUCGGGGGUCGAGUUACGUCAGCGAUAUAGCAAUCGAUGACGUGCGAGUGAUUGUCAAUUGUUCGCCCGAUGAUGCGAUCGAAACCGAGACAACGACGGCGGAGCCUAGCACUUGGACGCCAAUCAGCGUCGAGUCGUGCGAAAACCGGUGCGAUACGAACGACACCCACCUGGCGCACGAUUGGUUGAUUACGUGCGACUGCGACGAGGCGUGUUUUGAACGUAGUCGGUGUUGUCCCGACUACUUUGAUUUCUGUUUGAGCGAAACGUCCACAACUAGUGAAAUGACUAGUGAAAGUACUGUCACUGUCACUGUCACUAGUAGUGUUUCGACGCCCACUACGACCAAACUAGUGACCGAGGCGUUCCCCCCAAUCAAAGAAAGCGAAAUAAUCACCGAUUACGCGGAUAGUGAUAAAAGCUACGACCAUCAGAAGAUAGUGAUCGGUGAUAAAGUCGUAACUAGUGACGCGAAAUCGAUCGUUUUCGGUGUUGGUGUGGUUUUUGGUGUUUUGUUCGGUGUGGUUGGUAUGGCGUUUGUGGCGCGGCGCUACCAACUGUGCCACUGGCGACGUUUGAAGCAAACGUCGAACGGUGACAGUCAGAGCGAUGUUCGUUUUUUGACAGGCGACGAAGUGAUUGAUUUUAGUCUGGCUAGUGAUUAUGACACGUUGUGAACAAACAUUUUCAAACUAUAAAUAUUUUUUUUAUUAAAUCAUCUGUGCUCUCAAUUAUUUACAAUGUACAAUAAUAAAAUCUUUCAAUUUUC